AUGUUCAGGAACAGCUUGAAGAUGCUGCUUAGCGGCGGCAAGUCCAACCGCAAGAACCGAAACAGCGGUGGCAGCUCAGCAGAAGGGGAGUGCUCGUUUGAGGGUGACUACGUCGUGCCCCCUCUCCCGGUGACGGAGGGCAUGCAGCACAUCCGCAUCAUGGAGGGCGUGUCUCGCUCGCUGCCUUCCUCUCCUCUUCUCUCCCACCAGGCUCUCAACAUGCGCCUUCAGCCAAUGAAAAGACUGCCAGGGGAAGAGAAUCAGGACCUGGGACCCCCUCCAUCAGUGGACGAGGCAGCAAACACUCUAAUGACGCGCUUGGGUUUUCUGUUGGGGGACAAAGUCGGCAAGGGCCCAGCUGGAGCGCACUACAGCAUGGAGGAGCAAGAUGACAGUCAGGGCAUUUCUGUGACCCAGAGAAUCAGUCCCUGCUCCAGUUUGGCCAGCAGCACCGCAUCUCCCCCAGCAGGCAGCCCGUGCUCCACACUGCCCCCCGGUGUCCCCGGUAACCCCACCGGCCGGGACUGCGCCUACGGCUCCAUCACCAGCCCCACCUCCACCCUGGAAAGUCGAGACAGCGGCAUCAUCGCCACCCUCACGAGUUACUCGGAGAACGCGGAGCGGGGAGGGAAGCAUGGCGAGGGUUCGCGGGGUAGCCUGAAGCUCUGGCAGUCUCAGAAAUCCUCCGGCGCCGAUUCCUUCCUGUACCGCGUGGACGAGAACAUGGCGGCCUCCACCUACAGCCUGAACAAGAUCCCGGAGAGGAGUCUAGAACAUUCUUCCUCCCACUCCGCCCACUCCAUUCCCCUCUACCUCAUGCCACGACCCAACUCUGUUGCAGCCACUAGUUCAGCUCACCUGGAGGACCUGGCGUAUCUGGAUGAACAGAGACACGCUCCGCUUCGCACCUCUCUCCGGAUGCCCCGGCAAAACUCCGGAGCCGGCCGCUCCGGGCAGGACCUGAGAGUGCGCUUUGCCCCGUACCGGCCUCCAGACAUCGCUCUGAAGCCCCUCCUGUUCGAAGUGCCGAGCCUGACGGCCGACUCCGUCUUCACCGGCCGGGAAUGGCUCUUCCAAGAGGUGGACGCCCGUCUCCGUGGCGAUGAGCCCUCGGCCAACCGAGGCGUCGUGAUCGUGGGCAACGUGGGCUUCGGCAAAACGGCCAUCAUCUCCAGGCUGGUGGCGCUCAGCUGCCACGGUAACCGCAUGCGACAGAUAGCCUCCGACAGCCCCCACGCCUCACCCAAACACGGAGAGGGCGUAAACAUCAGCCAGCCCCAGUCCGCCCACGGGACUCUGGUGGGGGGAGGUAGCUGUCCGGGAACGCCCGAGAUGAGGAGACGUCAGGAGGAGGUGCUGAGGAGGCUGGCCUCCCAGGUGGUGGCCUACCACUACUGUCAGGCUGAUAAUGCCUACACCUGCCUGGUGCCAGAGUUUGUGCACAACGUGGCGGCGCUGUUGUGCCGCGCUCCGCAGAUGCAGGCCUACCGGGAACAGCUGCUACGGCAACCACACCUACAGAGCACACUCAGCCUUCGCUCCUGCGUGCAGGACCCCCUCAGCGCCUUUCGCCGCGGCCUGCUCGAACCACUGGAGGCUCUGCACAGAGAGAGAAAGCUAGCGUGUGAAGAAGAUUUUAUCAUUUUGAUUGACGGGCUGAAUGAGGCGGAGUUCCAUAAACCAGACUACGGUGACACCAUCGUCUCAUUCCUCUGUAAAACCAUUGACCAUUUUCCCCCAUGGCUCAAACUGGUCGUCACAGUCAGAACCUCCCUACAGGACAUCGCACGGCCGCUCCCCUUCCAUCGCAUCUCCCUGGACCGUCUGGAGGAGAGCGAGGCCAUCGACCAAGACCUGCAGGGUUACAUCCUGCACCGUAUCCACAGCAGCCAGGAGAUCCAAAACAACAUCGCGCUCAACGGCAAACUGGACAACGCCGCCUUCGGCAAACUGAGCGCCCACCUCAAGAGCCUGAGCCGCGGCUCCUACCUCUACCUGAAGCUUACACUGGACCUCAUCGAGAAGGGCUACCUGGUACUCAAGAGCUCCAGCUACAAGGUGGUGCCUGUGAGUCUAGCUGAGGUGUACCUGCUUCAGCUCAACAUGCGCUUUCCCACGCAGUCGUCCUUCGAGAGGGCGUUACCGCUGCUCAACGUGGCCGUGGCGUCGCUCCACCCCCUGACCGACGAGCAGGCGUUCGGCGCGGUCAACGCCGGGGCGGUGCGCGGAACGGCCAUGGACUGGGAGGACUUCCAGCAGCGAGCCGAACACCUUUCGCCCUUCCUGGUGCGCAGGCGCGACGGCACGCGCAUGUUCGUGCACCCCUCUUUCCGCGAGUGGCUCAUCUGGCGAGAGGAAGGGGAGAAAACCAAGUUCCUUUGCGACCCAAGGAGCGGUCAUACACUCCUGGCCUUCUGGUUCUCCCGUCAGGAGGGCAAAUUGAACCGACAGCAGACCAUAGAGCUGGGCCAUCACAUUCUAAAAGCGCACAUCUUCAAGGGUCUGAGCAAGAGGGUGGGGGUGUCCUCCUCAGUCCUGCAGGCGCUGUGGGCGUCCUAUAGCACAGAGGGUCUCUCCACAGCUCUGGCUUCACUGCGAAACCUCUACACGCCCAACAUCAAGGUGUCCCGGCUGCUGAUCAUGGGCGGUGCUAAUAUAAACUACCACACCGAGGUUCUAAACAACGCCCCGGUGCUGUGUGUUCACGCACACUUGGGUUACAUGGAAAUGGUGGCCCUGCUACUGGAGUUCGGCGCUGCCGUCGACGCUACGUCCGAGAGCGGCCUCACCCCGCUUGGCUACGCUGCCGCCGCGGGUCACCUGCCCAUCGUCACUGCCCUCUGUGCCAAAAAAGCCAAGGUGGAUCACCUUGAUAAGAACGGUCAGUGCGCACUCGUUCACGCUGCUCUACGCGGUCACCUGGAGGUGGUGAAGUUCCUGGUCCAGUGUGACUGGACUCCAGAUGGUCAGCAACAGGGGCCAUUCAGCAAGAGCCAUGCAGUCCAACAAGCACUCAUCGCAGCUGCAAGCAUGGGUUACACUGAGAUUGCGUCCUACCUGCUGGAUCUGCCAGAGAAAGAUGAGGAAGAAGAGGAGCGCGCUCAGAUUAACAGCUUUGACACACUAUGGGGCGAGACAGCGCUGACGGCAGCUGCUGGGCGGGGGAAGCUGGACGUGUGCAGGUUGCUUUUGGAACAGGGGGCGGCCGUGGCCCAGCCCAAUCGCAGGGGCAUCGUGCCCCUCCUCAGCGCCGUACGCCAAGGACACUGGCAGAUCGUUGACCUGCUGCUAAACCACGGUGCAGAUGUGAACAUGGCUGAUAAACAGGGUCGAACCCCGCUCAUGAUGGCCGCGUCAGAGGGCCAUCUGGGCACCGCUGAGUUCCUGCUGGCACAAGGUGCAUCACUGGGACUAAUGGACAAGGAGGGACUGACUGCACUGAGCUGGGCAUGUCUGAAAGGUCACCUACCCUUGGUCCGCGCCCUGGUGGAGAGGGGUGCAGCUACUGCCCAUGCAGACAAGAGCGGCCGCACGCCCCUGGACUUGGCCGCGUUUUACGGAGAUUCUGAAGUGGUCCAGUUUCUAGUGGACCACGGAGCGAUGAUUGAGCAUGUGGAUUACAGUGGGAUGCGUCCCCUGGACAGAGCAGUGGGCUGCAGGAACACCUCCGUGGUGGUGGCUUUACUGAAGAAGGGUGCUAAGAUAGGAUGUCAGACUCUCCCCACCCGAGCGCGAGGUCCAGCAACAUGGGCAAUGGCAACAUCCAAGCCAGACAUCAUGAUAGUGCUCUUGAGCAAACUGAUUGAAGAAGGGGACGGAUUCUACAAGAAAGGGAAGGUGAAGGAGGCAGCCCAGCGUUAUCAGUACGCCCUGAAGAAGUUUCCCCGAGAGGGCUUCAGUGAAGACCUGAAGACAUUCCGUGAACUGAAGGUGUCUCUGCUGCUAAAUUUGUCCAGGUGCCGAAGGAAAAUGAAUGACUUUGGGAUGGCUGAGGAGUUUGCCACCAAGGCGCUAGAGUUGAAACCCAAAUCAUACGAAGCCUAUUACGCCAGAGCCCGUGCCAAGCGCAGCAGCAGGCAAUUCCACACAGCUUUGGAGGACCUGAAUGAGGCCAUCAGACUUUGCCCCAACAACCGGGAGAUCCAACGCCUGCUGCAGCGUGUGGAGGAGGAGUGUCGUCAGGUCUCUCAGCAGCAGGAGUUGGAACGACCCCAAACACCUCCCCAUGACCAAGAGCCACCCAUGGCACCACCCACAUCCCUGGAGCCCCGCUUGUCAGACAUGGAGCCAGUACAGGAUCUGUUUGAGGAGGAUGAGGACUACCUUGAGCGAGACUUGGAAGGCCUGCCAGUAGGAAUGGUCCCUGAGCCUCGUGCCAGCCCCUCAGGCCUUCCUCUCAUUCAGAAUCUGCCGCCAUCCCCCAGCCACUGUGAUCCACCUUACCUCUCCGCAGGUUCCUCCAUGGGCCAGGCUUUUGAACUCCGCCCCAGCCCGCCCUCCAUGUCUUCUCCGACCCGCCAGGGUUAUCAGUCAACCUCACCAUCCCUCUCACCCACGCACCAGAGCACCCACUUUCAGUCUGGUUCUCCGCACACCUCGCCGGCUCACCAAGCCCAAUCCUCAUAUCACUUCAGCCCACCACCAUCACCCUUGCGCCGAGGACCUCAGUACAGGUCAAGCCCCACCUCUGAGGGAGUUAAUCUGUAUCGCCCUCAGUCAGCAUCUGCAGGGCGUUAUCAGCAGGAUCAGCUCCCUGGUCGACCCAAGUCUCCCCUUUCCAAGUUGAGCAGUCAACGUUCCUUCCAGCUCCCUUCCCAAGGUUCUCAACCGCCCCAACAAGGCCAGUGGCUACAGCCAGCGAAGGCACAGAUUGUUCGAACCAAUCAACCCAGUGUCUCAGUGCACUCGAGUGCUGUGCUUGGUAGCAGCGCCUACAGCCAGAUUGCCCACUCAAUGAGUGCACGUUGCCCUGGUGACAUGGAUGACCUCGGGGAUGGUGGUUACUCGAGCUCAUUGCAGGUACAAGGCAGCCUAAGUGCAGGGGCUUUGUACCAGCGUGCCGUCAGCAUGGACCCAGGCACUUUGGAAGAUGAACAUCCUCAGAGGCCCUCGUCAGCAUAUAGACCUAGCACCGGAGGCCUCCAUUAUGGACAGACACCCCAAAUCAGCCGCAGUCAGUCAGCGGCUUACUACCCUGUCUCCCCUCAUGAGCUAGAGCGCCAGGCCCAGCUAGGAUCACCUGAGAAUCCCCAUGCCCUCCGCAGGCCAGUCAGUGCUAACAGUGCUGAACCCAAGCAACAUGCACCCACUCCACGCCCUCUCAUCCACUCGCAAAGCGUGGGUCUUCGGUUCUCACCCUCCAGCAGCAGCCUUACUGCUGGUUCUGCUGCAAAUUUAGGCCCAGGCUUCAGGCCAUCAGCCUCAGCACAGCAGAUGGAGAUCCCACUUAAACUUGCCUAUGAGGCCGGCUACUGCGAUGACCUGUCACCUGUGUCACCACCACAAGGGACAGAUGUUCGUGUGGUUGGGGGCACCUAUCCAGGAGAGGCAGUUCGCUCACGAGCCACUCCCUUCAUGGGCAUCAUAGAUAAAACAGCACGGACUCAGCAGUACCUGCAGCAGCAGCCUUCGUUAGCAUCAUCGUCUUCAUCACGCUCCUGGGCCGUGUCAUCUCUCGACACGGUGGUUACUAGUCCUGCUACCUCACCAGGAAACAUGGGUUACGGGCAGCAGGCACAAGGCCUUAGCCACAUUGCAUACUACAACCGCACCAACAAUGCUCACAAUGGCCAUCUUCUGGAAGAUGACUACUAUGCCAACCCUGCCAACAUACCACGGGACCGGGCUGAUCCCAUGGGUCGAGUGAGCCAGGCACCAACUUACCCAGAUGUGAAGGUGGCACGGACAUUGCCUGUUGCACAGGCCUACCAAGACAAUGAGUACAGGCAGAUUGGUCGCAAUGACAGGCAAGGCCCCACCUCACCCAUCAAACCAAAGAGACCCUUCGUUGAGUCGAAUGUGUAG